AUGACAACCACGACUGAACCUCUCUACCUUGGAACUCUAGCUCUCAGCAAACUACCCUUGCAAUUCUCCUUAUUGGUGGACCCUGAUAUUCCAUCAUGUGAAGAAGGACUUUACAUACCACGUUUUCAACAUCCAACACCCGAGAAUGGACAACAUAUCUAUGCAGAGGUCAACAAAGAGGUGGAGAUCAGAGUCAAAGCGAAAGCUACGCAAUCAAUAAUACAUGACAUCAUUAUGAGUGGACCAAGGAAUAGCAAUAAGCACAGAACCACACACAAUGAGUUCAUCAUAAGGCCCAAUCCAGUCUAUCAAUCUGAAAUGAGGUGUGUGCUGAUUAAUGUAAACAAGAAGACAGUUGAAGCCAAGGUGACGUGCUAUCAGUCCAGUAUGAAAGUAGAAGUUGAGAAAGCUUCACUCAGUGGGAUCCAUGUGGAAAACCUACGUGUCAAUGAUGCCAGCAACAUUCUGUGCAAUCUCCAGACAAACUCCAACAGCACACAUGUAGUUGGAAUCAUCCCCCUUAACUCUUGUGGCACUCUUCUGGAGGAGGACGAAACAUACCUUAUUUUCAAGAAUGAAAUAACAACUAUAGACGACCCCGAUGACUUUAUCACCAGGAAACACAGACUGGAAUUGGACUUUGAGUGCCAGUAUCCGAAACGAGGAAAUGUGACCCAGACUUUCCUCUCACACAGAGAGACGUUCAUUGUUUGGGAAAAGGGUUUCGGCAGGUUCACCUAUCAAUUCGAGUUCUACCCGAAUGACCGAUUCCAAAGCAGGAUUAGUCCAAACUCAUACCCUCUAGAAUAUGACCUAGGAAAGAGGAUUUACAUGAAGAUAGAAGCCUCCUCCUCCAUCAACAAUACAGAACUUUUCGUUGAAUCGUGCAGAGCUGCUCCAUAUGACAACCCUAACGUUCGGCCGACUUACUCUAUCAUUGAAAAUGGAUGUGCAGUGGAUCAAACAGUUUUGAUGUACAACACUUCUGAUCAACAUGAAUUCAAGUUCAGCAUGGAGGCCUUCAAAUUCAUUGGUUUGCAUGACCAAGUAUAUAUCAGCUGUUCAGUCGUGAUGUGUGAGGCAGGGAACCCAUACACUCGGUGCUCAAAGGGAUGCAUCAACACCACAUCGAACCACCAUUACUAUAAGAGAGAGGCUGUCAUCCAAAGCGCAAACCACCUUGUUUCUCAAGGGCCAUUACGUCUUCAGAGAUCAGCAGAGAGUAACAAAACCACAGUGAUGAAUUUCAAUCUGAACCUCGUCUUUAUUGCUGGAUGUCUUCUCGCAGUUGCUGGCAUGAUGGCUGUUGUCAUGUACAAAGCCAAAAUGUCCAGGUUUACGUAUCAACGUUUGCCAACUUCUGAAAAUUAA